AUGGCCUCCAGAGCGCCAGCAGGAACCCGUCCGGGUGCUAGAUUCGCCCAGUUCAAGCUUGUCUUGCUUGGUGAAUCUGCUGUUGGAAAGAGUUCGUUAGUGCUAAGAUUUGUCAAAGAUCAAUUUGAUGACUACCGAGAGUCGACGAUCGGCGCUGCCUUCCUGACACAGACCAUUUCGCUGGACGAAAGCACAACGGUCAAGUUCGAGAUAUGGGAUACCGCUGGUCAGGAACGAUACAAGUCCUUGGCUCCAAUGUACUACAGGAAUGCGAACUGUGCUGUUGUUGUCUACGAUAUCACUCAGGCUUCGUCGCUGGACAAGGCAAAGUCAUGGGUGAAGGAGCUGCAGCGACAGGCGAAUGAGAAUAUUGUUAUUGCCCUCGCUGGCAAUAAGCUGGAUCUAGUUACAGAACAUCCCGACAAGAGAGCCAUUCCGACUGCUGAUGCUGAAGCCUAUGCGCGUGAAGCCGGACUCCUUUUCUUCGAAACAUCUGCGAAGACUUCGACAAAUGUGAAGGAACUAUUCGCCGCAAUCGCCAAGAAACUCCCUCUCGAUCAGGCGGGCCCGCGCAAUCUGCGCACCACUCCUCGUCCCGGUGUGGACUUGCGACCGGAAGCACCUGGCACGCAGGGUGCCGGAGCUUGCAACUGUUAA